AAGAAGACGAUGAACCAGAGAGCCAGAGAGAGAAAAGGGGAAAAGGAAGGAAAGGAGGCAGAGAAAAGGAAAAUAAAGGAGACCAAAUUCUGGGGGUGUUUGGAGUACAACUUUCAAGGUAUAAAAGCAGAAGAGGAGGACAAAAAAAAAAAAAAAAUUGGAACAAAAAUAAUAGUACCAUCUUCAGCACCACCGUCACCGUCUUCUUCCCCGCGCCCUUCCUCCCUCCUCUUUGUUCUGAAUCCCCUCUGUCUCUCUUCCGGCUUGUGGGGAGGUUUCCGCCAUGGAGGAGGUGAGGCCAUCAGUCCUGAGAGGCCGCCAUGGCUUCCGUGCACACAGCGGAAAGAAGGCCGCCAAUGGCAAUGGCUUCCCUCCUACUCGGACCGUUUACGACGACGUAUUCGGCGGUCCCCCGAAAUACACUGUCCCCUCGUUUCCCCCCUGCGUCGACGACUACGCCGAGAUAUUCCGUGGUCCUUCCCCUGCUCAGAAGACGCCUCCUGUGCCGUUCCUCGAGCUCGCCAGCGACUACGACGGCGAGGUCGCGCUAGUCUCCGGCGACUCCUAUGCGGACAUCUUUGGCGGGUUCGCUUGUGAUUUCACUGUCUCGCUCGACGAGCUGCUCGGACGAUCUCAGGCCACUGCUGAAAUGAAGGGUUUUAGGGGUGAUUCUGCUAAGAAAGCCCGCUAUGUAGUUGAUGGAGAAAAGAAGCCUUUAGAGAAGGUUCCUACCAAAAUUUCCAGUAUUCGCAUGGACAAUUCAGAUGGAAUCUCUACCUCUGUUUCAGAGAACAUCUCAGUUGCUUCAAAAUCUGCAAAUCAGCAAUUGUGUGGUAACCAAAUGCAGUUGGAUAUGUCACCUCAAAUAAUAAAUCACAAAAGCAAAGAGAAUGCCCAAAGGGAAAUGCUUGUUUCAGAACUCGAUGCUGCUUCAAAGAGCACAAUUGUGGUUGAUCCUGACUUUUCCUCUGUGGAGACUCGUAACACAAAAGGUAGCAUUAAUGCAAGCAGUGCAUCUAUUGUCACUGAAAAGGUAGCAGAAAUAAAGCUUGACAAUAUAGCCGAUUUGAAGUCGCCAAAGAGAACCUUGUUAAGUGACUCUAAAGAUAAUUCCCUACCUAAAAUGUUCAGACAUGAGCUCAAGAAAGACGACUUAGAUGCCACGUUGAAGCCCUGUCAGUUGGAAGAUGGCCCUUUCGUUAAUUCACAUGUAUAUCCUUCGUACCAUGACUAUGGUGUUGAUAAGUACGAGUCAAAGGAUGUAUUUUUGUCUGUUACUGAGAUUAGCCUUCAGACUCAGCCUACGGAACUGCCACCUCCUUCAAGACCACCUCCCAUGUUAGGCAUCAAGCAUGAUUCAAAUAAGCGAGGUAUUUCUGAAAAAAGGCUGGGUACAAGCACCAGUUUUUAUGAGAACAGUGAUUUGCUUAAUGGGAGGAACAGCAGUCGACAACGUCAUGCCAUGGCUGCUUCAGGAACUUUCUCAGCAGAAGAGGCCUCAAAACAGAGUUCACCUCGUUUCCUAGAUGUUGAGGUUGACAUGAAUUCAGCUGCUGCUGCCUCUGCAGCUGCAAUGAAGGAAGUGAUGGAGGAAGCAAAGGCCAAGCUAAAGCUAGCAAAGGAGUUCAGGGAAAGAAGAAAAAAUAGUCUAAAAAACAAUAAAAAGUUCACAGACAAAAAAGGAAAAAAGAACAUGGAGAAAGAAGAAACUGACAGAGAGGAGAAAAGGAACAAGGUGCAAGAAGAAUGUGACAGUGCUCAAGAAUUCUUUGAGUGCACUUUAGAGAUGACUCUUGAAGUAUCAGACUGUGAGUAUAAAGAAUGUUGCCAAGAAGAACAUAAGGAGAGGAGACCUCCGAAGAAAGAUUCUCACUAUCCAGAGAAGCAAAGUUGUCUUGACCUGGAUGAGGAAUGCGCCAAGAAGAGUCUGGAGAAUGGAUCAGAAGUUGUCAAGGAGUCUGAUAAGAACAAAAUUAACGAAGGGACUCAUUGUCUUGAGCAACACAGGCACAAGGAAAUAGUGGAACCUCCUUUGGAGCGUUUUGAACUUCAAAAAACAGAAAGGAGUUUUGUCCUUGUCCAGAAAUGCACUGAGGAAAAAGCAAGGAAGGGAACAAGUGUGGUUUCAGAUUCCCGUGAUCAGAAAACGAACAGAAGAGAACACCAAGUGGAGGAGGUUCACACAUGCAGGGUAAGGGAGAACAUGGGGAAUGCAGCUGUUGUGAUUUGUGAAAAGGAGCAAAAUGACAAGAAGGUAGAAUCUGAUCAUCGUUCUCAUGGAAGGGAGGAUGGUAUGAAGAAACGAAUUAUGACUGAACACGAUACGGGUAUGAAGGCUGUUCAAACAACUCAAGAGGAGGAGGUUCACAUAUGUAGGGUAAGUGAGAAGAUGGAGAAUGCAGCUGUUGAGAUUUGUGAAAGGAAGCAAAAUGAGAAGAAAGUAGAAUCUGAUCAUAGUUCUCAUGGAAGGGAGGAUGGUAUGAAGAAACAAAUUAUGACAGAACACAAUACAGGUAUGAAGGCUAUUCAAACAACUCAAGAGGAGGAGGUUCACAUAUGUAGGGUAAGUGAGAAGAUGGAGAAUGCAGCUGUUGAGAUUUGUGAAAGGAAGCAAAAUGAGAAGAAAGUAGAAUCUGAUCAUUGUUCUCAUGGAAGGGAGGAUGGUAUGAAGAAACAAAUUAUGGGUGAACACGAUACAGGUAUGACUAUGAAGGCUGUUCAAACAACUCAGCAGCAUAUGGAAAGCGAGAAGAUAGAAACUGAUAAAAAAUACUGGGUGGGAAAUGAAGUUGAUGGAAAAGUAACUGCAACAGGAGAGAUUCAUCAACAGGGAGCAUGCUCAGAUACACUGGAGACUGCUCAAGAGUCCAUGAAUCAAGAGAAGAUGAAUCUGAUCAAACAAAUGGCUGCUCAAGAACCGAUGGGACUGGAAGAGACUUGGCAGCAGGAAAAAACAGAGGAAAAGUUUGCUUCCACACUAGAAACUCAUGAGGAGGAACGUUCAAAUGGAUUGAAGAUUGCUCAAGAAUUCAAAAAGGAAGAUGAGGUGCAUAAGAAGACUGAAAAGGCUGCUCAAGAAGAAGAGACUUGGCAGCAGGAAAAAAUAGAGGAAAAGUUUGCUUCCACACUGGAAAGUCAUGAGGAAGAAUGUUCAAAUAGAUUGAGGACUUCUCAAGAAUUCAAAAAGGAAGAUGUGGUGCAUAAGAAGAACGAAAAGGCUGCUCAAGAAGCAGAGAUCCAGCAGCAGGACGAGAAUAAGGAACAAAAAAUUUUUCAGGAAGAAAGCAAAGGAAAUGAAAGAGAGGAACAAAGAGCUACUACUAGGGAGCCUCAUGAACAGGGUGGAAGUUCACAUGGAGCAGUGACAACUCAAGAAUCUAGAGAGCAAGAUGAAGUGCAUGAGAACAAAGAGAAAGUCCAGCAGCAAGAAGAGGAGGAGAAGCUGACACCUGAUAAUAUGGUGAGGGAAAGAAAUGAAGAGGAAAAAAUAUCUGCAAGAGGGGAGAUUCAUCAAGAUAAUGAAUGUUCAAAUGAUUUAGAGACUGCUGAAGAAUCCAUAAAGCGAGUUGAAAUGCUCAAGAACAAAAAAGAUGUUGCUCAAGAAGAGGUUCAGCUGCAGGAAGAAAAGGAGGAGCAGAUAAAGGUUGGUCAGGACUGCCAAGGAAAUGAAAAACUGGAAGAGUUAACCACAGCAGGGAAGAAUCACAAACUGAGAGAGAGAAUAAACGGAUUAAAAGAUGUUCAAGAAUCCAGAAAGCAAGAAGAAAUUCAGAAGAACAAACCAAGGGCUACUCAAGAGGCAGUGUUUCAGGAAGAAAACAUCAGCGUGAAAGCUAAUGAAGCAGCUGAUAAGCAUAAACAAAAUGAAAAAGCAUUUCAUAUUCUUGUGGAUGGUGAUGAUCUUGAUGCAACAACUAAAAGGCAAAAUACUGCUCAAACAACUCCUGUGCAGGAAAUCAAAGAGAAGAAAGUGGAAGCAGCCCAACAUGUUAAUAAAUUGGAAGAGAAAGAUAAGAUAUUAAAGAUGUCUCACAAAAUCAAUGAGAUUCAAGGAGUUGAACAGAAGAUGAGAAAGUUCAAUGAAAUCCAUGAAAAAGGUGAAAAAGAAAAAUCUCAAUUGGAAAAGGAAAGACUGAAAAGGGAUCGGGAACAAGAAAUGGAGCGGUUAAUGAAACUAGAAGAAGAAAAAGAAAGGGAACGCGAAAGAGAAAAGGACAGGAUUGCUGUUGAACGAGCUACUCAUGAAGCUCGUGAUAAGCCAGUUGCUGAUGCCUGGGAUAAGGCGGAAAAAGCAGCUGUAGAGAGAGCAACUGUUGAAGCCAGGGAGAAAGCUCCACCUGAACCCAAGGUCGUAGACAGGACUUCUGCAGAAGGCAAGUUCAGGACAGAGCGAUCUGCUGUAGAUAAAGCAACUGCAGAGGCUCGUGAAAGAGCUGCUGAAAGAGCAAUUGUUGAGAAAGUUGCUGCAGAGGCAAGGGAGCGUAUGGAAAGAGCUGUUGCCGAGAGGUUUGCUGCUGCAUUAAGAGAUAAGCAGAAAAAAGAUAAUGAUCGUGAAGAUGGGACAAGCCUGAGAAUGAAUGGUGCUCGGAGCACUACCGCUGAGGUGCAGAACACACGUGAUGCUUCAUCAAGUGAGACAGAGAAAAGGCGAAAGGCAAAGUUUGAUCGAUAUCGGCGUACUACAGAACGUGCGGCAAAAGCUCUUGCGGACAAGAAAGCUCGUGAUAUUCUUGCUCAAAGGGAGCAGGCAGAAAGAAAUAGAUUAGCUGAAAGCCUUGAUGGUGAUGUCAAAAGGUGGUCGACUGGGAAGGAAGGAAAUUUGCGUGCAUUGCUUUCAACACUGCAAUAUAUCCUUGGGCCCGAGAAUGGAUGGCAGCCUGUGCCACUGACGGAAAUAAUAACAUCUGCCGCUGUCAAGAAGGCCUAUCGGAAGGCUACCCUUUGUGUACAUCCUGACAAGGUUCAACAACGGGGUGCAACCGUUCAACAGAAGUAUAUUUGUGAAAAGGUCUUCGAUUUACUCAAGGAGGCAUGGAACAAAUUCAAUUCCGAGGAGCGUUGAAAAGCUUCAUGUCAUCGUCCCAGAUUUUUCCAUUGUAAUGCAACCGUUUUAAACUAACUUCCACGCACAGGAAGCCAUCCUGUCUAUCAGUGCAGUGGCAUCAGUUGUACAAGAAGCAUUCUGGAGUGCAGCUUUCAAGCAUGAAGAGCAAAUGGAACCUAUGUGCAUGAUAACAAACUUGUAAAUGUUCAUAUCUCCUGUUGAAGAUUAUUCUUGUAUGUUAAAUGCAUGCACAUGUAGGCAAGUUUCUGCAGAAGCGUUCAUGAAGCAAGCUGCAAUCUUUACAGCUCCACAAAAUCUAAUGUUAUUUUUUAUGCAUUAUAUCCCAAGGAAAAAAGCAUGUAAAAAUUCUCCAUGUUUUUGUCCGCUUAUCA